AUGAAUAAUAAUAGUAAUCUAUUUUUAUGUAAAGCUACUCGUAAUACGUAUGAACAUCGAAGAUCGUCUCUCUUAUGUCAAGUAUGUGGUGAUCGAAAUGCACGUAAUUGUUUUGGUUCCGUUUCUUGUGCUCCAUGUAAAAUGUUUUUUCGUCGAAAUCUAGACUUUGAUCUGGUUAUUAACAAAUGUAUUUAUGAUGGAAAUUGUGAAAUGCAUGAAAACAGUCGGCAUGCUUGUCGGUAUUGUCGAUUCAAGAAAUGUUUAACAGUUGGUAUGAAAAAAGAAUUAACACGUCCUCCACGACUAAAUCAAAAGAAACGAAUAGGAAAACAGAUUACUCCACCUCUUAUUCGUCGACUAGACUUGCUUAAUAGUAAUCGUUCCAAAUUAUCAUUCGAUCAAUGGUCAAUUCUAUCGAAUGUCACUCAUGUAUAUGAUCAAAUCUCGCCUUUACCAAAGAUUUUGAAUUCACUUAGUCAAUCAAGUUUUCCACCAAAGAAACGUUUGAGAAUCGAUGGAGCUACUUUGGCAGAUAUGCUGGGUUUAAUCUAUCGAUCGAUAUAUUCAUUUCUUGAGCGUAUACCGGAUUUUACUAUGAUGUCCAUUCAUGAUAGAAACUUGUUAAUCGAACGUAAUCUUCAUAAUGUUGGUAGUACGAGUGGUCUAUUAAUCUUACGUGAUGGUGAUCUCUAUAGUAAUUAUGCAUUUUGUCGCGCUAAUUUGAACACGUAUGGAUCUGAUAACUUUGAAGGUGUAUCAAAACUUCUCAAUCGAUUAGAUAUGGAUAGAGUAGCAGUAAAAUUGUUUGUCGUUGUUUUGGCGUUUUCAACAUGUUUCGAUGUUGUUCGCCCAUCGAAUAUGACCAAUAAUAUUCAACUUUCUAAAUCAACGAAUCGUCUUCACUUUAAUACAAUUAAUAUGUUUCAUAUUCAAAAUAAAUAUAUUGAUAUGCUGUUCAUAUAUAUGGUGUAUCGCUAUGGUUAUAUCGAAGCAUCGUUACGUUUUGCUGCUCUUCUCUUUACUGCUCUUCAGCUUUGUGUUCAUACGAUGGAAGCUGCAAAUAUUCAAGAACAUGGCGAUAUGUUGGAUACGAUUAUUGCAGACACAACACGUAAACUAAAUGUGGAAGAUGACCCAGUCGUAUAA